UUACCAUCGCAUGGAUCACAAAAUCGAGCUGGAGCCCGGUGCACAACUUACGGUACGCACGCAAUGGCGCCGGACUCAGCCGGAGCUACAGGAGUUACGAAAUCAGCUGGACUACCUAAUGGCGAAAGGGUUCACUCGGCCGAGCACGUCACCGUUCGCAGCACCGAUCCUGUUCACGCCAAAAAAAGAUGGCGGACUUUGCAUGUGUACGGACUAUCGUGCCCUUAAUCGGGUAACGAUAAAGUCGCGCUACCCAAUACCACGCACGGACGAAUUGAUCGACAACCUUUGCGGAGCUCGCUAUUUUUUUAAGAUAGACCUUCGCGGCGGUUACCAUCAAAUUCGGGUGUUCGAUGACGACUGCCACAAGACCGUGUUUCGUACUCGCUACGGGAGUUACGAAUACACGGUGAUGCCGUUUGGAUUAACGAACGCCCCCUCGACGUUUCAACUCACCAUGAAUGGGGUAUUCCGCGAUCUACUCGACAAAUGUGUGAUAAUUUACCUGGACGACAUCCUGAUCUACAGCAAGACCCGCGAGCAACAUUUGAAGGACUUGGAAGCGGUUUUUCAGCGGUUGCAGCAGCAUCGUCUCAUCACCAAGGGCUCCAAGUGCGAGUUUUUAAAACAAGAACUGGAGUUCCUGGGACAUGUGAUCUCCACGGAGGGGAUCCGGAUAGACCCGAAAAAAACUCCGGGCUAUUCUGGAAUGGAAACCCCCGACCAAUCUGCAGCAGCUGCAAUCCUUUUUGGGUUUCGUGAAUUACGUGCGGCGGGAACUUUUUACGAGUGGGGGGAGAAGCAGCAAGCUGCGUUCGAGGCAUUAAAAAAACUUUUAAUGUCGACACCGGUACUCCGCAUCGCUGACCCAGACCGGCCUUUCGAAGUCAUCACCGACGCAAGUGACAUCGCCAUCGGAGCAGUGCUCAUGCAGGAUUUCGGCAAUGGGCUUCAACCAAUCACGUACGAGUCUCGGAAAAUGCAAUCUGCUGAGCGCAACUACCCAGUACACGACAAGGAGAUGCUGGCGAUCAUCCACGCGUUUAAAAUCUGGAGGUGCUACCUGACUGGAGCAGACCUGACGGUGCGAACCGACCACAAAUCACUACAGUAUCUGAGAGCGCAUCCGAAUCUCAACCCGCGGCAGAUACGCCGGCUGGACUACCUGGAAUCCAACUUCACGUACAAGAUCACGUAUAAGAAGGGCGCCAACAAUAUUGCUGACGCCCUGUCCAGACCAUCUGCCCAACUCGCAGCUGUACUAGUCACCCAGAGCAACCCGCUGCUGAGUGGACUAUUUACCCACGGGUAUUCGACUGACCCCUUCUUCCCCCUCGAGCCACCUCAACGCCCAUGGCAACACGUAACGAUGGAUUUCGUUACGGGACUACCGGCCGGACCUAGCGGAAACGACGCGGUUUUGGUUGUCGUCGACCGACUGACGAAGAUGGCGCAUUUCGCACCAUGUCGUACAACCAUCACAGCCGAAGAAACAGCACGCCUGUUCAUCGCGACCGUUGUUCGUCUACACGGGAUACCAGCAGCAAUCAUUAGCGAUCGAGAUCCGAAGUUCACGUCAAAAUUCUGGCAGGACACGUGGGCUCGGUACGGCACGCGUCUACAAUUCUCAUCCGCUUAUCAUCCCCAAACGGACGGCCAGACUGAAAGGACAAAUCAAACGAUGGAGCAGUUGAUUCGGACAAACUGCCCCGACCGGAAAAAAUGGGAGGACGUGCUGCCCAUGUUGGAAUUUUCCUACAACAACGCGCCCUCGGCUACGACUAAUCACUCCCCGUUUUAUCUCAAUUACGAGAUGGACCCUACAGUACCCGUCUCCACCAACAUUGAGAGUCAAGUACCACGAUCGCAACAGUUCGUCGAAGAACUACAGACUGCCCGAGACAAAGCUGUUGAACUUAUUCGCAAGGCGAACGCAACUGCCCGACGGUAUGCGGAUUUACAUCGACGGGAUAUUACCAUGGCAGCAGGGCAAUUAGUCCUGUUGGACACCAAGAAUUUACGACUUACCCGCCGGAAUUAAGCUCCCAUGGGUGGCUUGAGC